ACUAAACAUCACUACAAAAUGAGUGCAACGGGUAAAGUGGAUGUAAACGGAUGGCCAAUUUGGUACGAAAAGUUUGGUUCCGGUCCACACGUACUCCUUCUCAUUCCCGGAGCAAUAGGCACGGGUCGGACCGACUUUGACGACCAAUUGUUCGGCGAAUACGCGCUAAAUAUGAACGAGUUUACAAUUGUGGCCAUAGAGUUGCCGGGUUGGGGCCGAUCGCGACCACCCAUACGAAAACUCAACAAUAAAAUAUUUGAAAACGACUCCGAGUGUUGUGUCAAACUAAUGGAGUCUUUGGGUUACAAUAAGUUUCAUGUGUUGGGCUGGUCUGAAGGGUCGAGAGUGGCGCUGGUGUUGUCGGCCAAUUACCCCAAUUCGGUCAUAUCAAUGAUUGCAAUGGCUUUACCCGUAUAUCCAACCGAACAAAAUACAGCAAAUAUAUUAAAAACGCGAAACAUCCAGAAUUGGGGCCCAGAAUUGAUUGGCAAGUAUUUAAAAGUCUACGACAGCGAGAGUGAGAUACAGGCCCUAUGGAAACGGCAUAUGGUGUUCAUAUCAAACUUUCCCGACUAUUUUCCAAAGGGUGUCUGCAAUUAUAAAUACGAUACAAUCACGUGUCCGGUGCUUAUAGUGCACGGCGAUAAGGAUCCAUUGGUUCAAUUGGAGCAACCCUUGCAUCUGAUGGAGAAACUGAAAAGAGCUCACCUUAAAAGAUUUCCAUUGGGCGGACACAAUGUCCACGUUGUAUAUCAGCAACAGUUUAAACAACUCGUCGAAGACUUCUUUUUAGAGGGAAAAGUGUCCGAAAAUUAAUUUCAAAUUAUUAUUGUUUUUUUAAAUGGUUUAAUAUAUUGAAUAUUU